GCAGCUCUCAUCGCUCUGUCAUAUGUACAGUCCACAUUCUCUCUCUUAUUUCUCUCUCUCUCUCUCUCUCUAACCCACAAUGGCUCACCUCUUCAGGGAUCUCUCUCUGGGCCACUCCAAGAGGGAGCCCUCGAAGCCUACUCCUCUGGUCACUGGCAACAACAACAACGGCAGCUUCUCCUCUGAGCUGCCCUCCCCACUCGGGCAACUCGAUGCCCAGCUCACCGAUUCCGAACUCCGUCUCACGGCCUUCGAGAUCUUCGCUGCUGCAUGCCGCACGUCCGCCGGGAAGCCCCUCGCGAUCCACACUGCCGCCUCCCUGAGCCAUUCCGAGUCAAUGAGCAACAACUCGCCCAACUCACCCAGCUCGCCCGCUCUGCAGCGGUCGCUCACCUCCGCCGCCGCCAGCAAGAUGAAGAAGGCGCUCGGACUGAGGUCGCCCGGGUCGGGCUCCAAGAAGAGCCCCGGGUCCGGGUCAAGUUCCGGGUCUGGUCAGGGCAAGUCCAAGAGGCCGGUGACUUUGGGAGACCUCAUGAGGACCCAAAUGAGGGUCCCCGAGACUGUUGAUUCUCGGGUUAGGAGGGCUCUUCUCAGGAUUUCUGCCGGCCAGGUUGGAAGGAGAAUAGAGUCUGUGGUUGUACCAUUAGAGCUACUCCAGCAGCUCAAAUCCUCUGAUUUCGCCGAUCCACAAGAAUACGAGGCAUGGCAGAAAAGAACCCUUCGGGUACUCGAGGCAGGCCUCCUUCUCCAUCCCCGAAUACCACUAGAGAAGUCAAACAUCUCCGGGCAACGAUUACGGCAGAUCAUUAUUGGGGCAUAUGAACGUCCAUUAGAGACAGGACGCAACAAUGAGUCCAUGCAAGUCCUGCGGAGCACUGUCAUGUCUCUUGCAUGCCGAUCAAUUGAUGGCCUCGAAGCCUGCCACUGGGCUGAUGGAAUUCCGCUGAAUCUCCGUCUCUAUGAGAUGCUUCUAGAAGCAUGCUUUGACGUGAACGAUGAAGCCUCUAUCAUAGAAGAGGUCGAAGAGCUGAUGGAGCACAUUAAGAAGACGUGGCCGAUCCUUGGGAUCAAUCAGAUGCUCCAUAAUGUCUGCUUUACAUGGGUUCUGUUCAACCACUUUGUAGGCACCGGUGGAGUGGAGAUGGACCUCCUAUAUGACGCUAAUAAUCAAUUAUCAGAAGUUGCAAAAGAUGCAAAGGCCACCAAAGAUCCUGAGUAUGCUAAGAUCCUGAGCUCCACUCUGAGCUCGAUCCUUGGGUGGGCAGAAAAGAGGCUUCUUGCAUACCAUGACACUUUUAAUCGCAGUAGCAUUGACAUGAUGCAGGGUAUUGUCUCCAUUGGGGUAUCUGCUGCAAGGAUAUUAGUUGAGGAUAUCUCAAAUGAGUAUCGACGAAGGAGGAGGGAGAAUGUUGAUGUGGCUCGGAGUAGGAUCGAUACUUAUAUCAGGUCAUCCUUACGCACUGCUUUUGCGCAGAGAAUGGAGAAAGCAGACUCGAGCAGGAGAGCCUCAAAGAAUCAUACCAACCCGCUCCCAGUGCUGGUGAUCCUUGCAAAGGAUGUGGGUGAACUCGCAAUCAACGAGAAGCAUGUCUUCAGCCCUAUCCUCAAGCGGUGGCACCCUUUCGCAGCAGGGGUAGCAGUGGCCACCCUCCAUGCAUGUUAUGGAAACGAGCUGAAGCAGUUCAUCUCAGGCCUGUCGGAGCUGACACCAGAUGCUGUUCAGAUCCUGAGGGCAGCUGAUAAGCUCGAGAAGGAUCUUGUUCAGAUAGCGGUUGAAGAUGCGGUGGAGAGUGAUGAUGGAGGGAAGGCAAUUAUUAGGGAGAUGCCUCCAUACGAGGCUGAGGCUGCGAUAGCGAAUCUUGUGAAGAUAUGGAUCAGGAUGAGGAUAGAGAGGAUGAAGGAGUGGGUAGAUCGGAAUCUUCAACAAGAGACUUGGACCCCCUUAGAGAAUAAAGACGGAUGUGCUCCAUCAGCUGUUGAAGUUUUGCGCAUUAUAGAUGAGACUCUGGACGCGUAUUUCCAGCUUCCAAUCCCAAUGCAUCCUGCGCUACUUCCUGACUUGAUCACCGGCCUUGAUAAAUGCCUUCAAUAUUAUGUUACCAAGGCGAAAUUGGGAUGUGGUUCACGGAACUCGUUUAUCCCAACUAUGCCUGCAUUAACCCGAUGCACGGUCGAGUCCAAGUUCCAAGGCUUUGGUAAAAAGAAGGACAAGUCUCCAAGCAUCCAGAAGAGGAACUCUCAGGUCGCAACUGUAAAUGGUGAAAACAUGUUUGGUGUCUCGCAGCUCUGCCUCCGAAUUAACACUCUACAGCAGAUCCACCUUCAAUUGGAAUCCGUUGAGAAACGAAUUAUAACCCAUCUCAGAAACUCCGAGUCUGCCAAGACUGAAGACUUCUCGGACAGUACUGGGAAAACAUUCGACAUAACUCCUUCUGCUUGUAUUGAAGGGAUCCAACAACUAUGCGAAGCAGUUGCCUAUAAGAUCGUAUUCCAUGAUCUAAGCCAUGUACUCUGGGAUGGGCUUUAUAUUGGAGACCCUUCGAGUUCUCGGAUUGAUCCCUUCGUUCGGGAACUGGAGAGAAACCUUCUUCUCAUAUCAGAGUCGGUCCACGAGCGGGUCCGAACUCGGAUUAUAACAGACAUAAUGAGGGCUUCCUUCGAUGGGUUCUUGCUCGUUCUGCUGGCGGGGGGCCCAUCCCGGGCUUUUUCUCGGCAAGAUUCUCCGGUAAUAGAGGAUGAUUUCAAGGCCUUGAAAGAUCUCUUCUGGGCAAACGGGGACGGCUUGCCAGUGGAAUUGAUCGACAAGUUCUCAGUGACUGUAAGGGGGAUUCUCCCGCUCUUCCGGGCUGAUACAGAGUCCCUGAUCGAGCGGUUCAGAAGGGUCACCCUGGAGGCUUACGGGUCGUCAGCACGGUCUCGGCUUCCACUGCCAGCUACUUCCGGGCAGUGGAACCCAACCGAGCCCAACACCCUCCUCAGAGUUUUGUGUUACAGGAAUGACGAAGCAGCCUCAAAGUUCCUGAAGAAGACCUAUAACCUUCCCAAGAAGCUCUGAUGACUGAAUCCUGAAGGGAAGGUAAUUGUUAUCCUUCACGAUCAGGCGUGAUCGUGAGUCGGGAAAGGGUAACAGAAUAUGGAGGGAGGAGGUUAUGGAAGGAGGUUUGGUGCGGCUAUUCUUUAUUAUUCUUUUGUUUUUAUAUAGUAUUGGCUUAAAAAAUGUUUUCUUUCUUGGUCUUGUGUAGUUCAUGUUAACUCCAUUUUAGCAGCAUCUCUAUGGUUUUGGUCAUAUAUGUUUGGUAUAAGAGGCAGGGGGCUGUACACAGUUACAUAUAUAAAUAUUGUUGAAUUUAUUUCAGGAGCAAUUCAGAGUA